ACAUCCUGGCAUCGCACCCAUCUCGCGAUUUUCUCGCGAGAUCUCCAGCGAGCGACCGGCUGGUUAGCCGGGAGAAGAUGGCAAGCCGCGGAGGUUUUCAAGCAGCUCCAGGUGGCGGCGGCGGAGGCAUGGGCGCGGGGACUGGACCACCGGGAGUCGGUGGGCCGCCGGGCAUGGGUCCGGGAACUCCGUCCGGUAGAAUGGGGCCUUCCUCUGGACCGCAAAAUCACCUUUACCGGUCACCGAUGCCAGGCCCUGGAUACCCGAGACCCGGGAUGCCUCCGGGAGCCCGCAUGACCCCCCAGGGUCCGGCGAUGGGUCCCCCCGGCUAUGGUUCCAGCCCCAUGUCCCGUCCCGGGAUGCCUGGCAUGGACCCCUCCCGGAAACGGCCCACCCCCCCACAGAUGCAGCAGGUCCAGCAGCAGGCCGUCCAGAACCGAAACCAACAUGCCAAGAAGAAGAAGAUGGCCGAUAAGAUUCUACCUCAGAGGAUCAGGGAGCUGGUCCCGGAGUCUCAGGCCUACAUGGACCUGCUGACGUUUGAGCGGAAGCUGGAUCAGACCAUCAUGCGCAAGCGGCUGGACAUCCAGGAGGCGCUCAAGAGGCCCAUAAAGCAAAAGCGCAAGCUCCGCAUUUUCAUCUCCAACACCUUCAACCCUGCCAAGGCGGACGCCGAAGACAGCGAGGGCACUGUUGCAUCAUGGGAGCUCCGUGUGGAGGGGCGGCUGCUGGAGGACGCCACCGUGUCCAAGUACGAGGCCACCAAGCAGAAGAGGAAGUUCUCCUCCUUCUUCAAAUCGCUUGUGAUCGAGCUGGACAAGGACCUGUACGGACCCGACAACCACCUGGUGGAGUGGCACAGGACUCCCAGCACCCAGGAGACGGAUGGGUUCCAGGUGAAGAGGCCGGGGGACGUGGGGGUUCGCUGCACCGUGCUGCUCAUGCUCGAUUACCAGCCCCCCCAGUUUAAGCUGGACCCCCGCCUGGCCCGCAUGCUGGGGAUCCACACGCAGACCCGUCCCGUCAUCAUCCAGGCCCUGUGGCAGUACGUCAAGACCCACAAGCUGCAGGACCCCCACGAGAGGGAGUUCAUCAACUGCGACAAGUACCUGCAGCAGAUAUUUGAGACCCACAGAAUGAAGUUCUCAGAGAUCCCUCAGCGUCUGCAUGCCCUGCUGAUGCCUCCUGAACCAAUCAUCAUCAACCACAUCAUCAGUGUGGACCCGAACGACCAGAAGAAGACGGCCUGCUAUGACAUCGACGUGGAGGUGGACGACACGCUCAAGACGCAGAUGAACUCCUUCCUGCUGUCCACUGCCAGCCAGCAGGAGAUCGCUGGGCUGGACAACAAGAUCCAUGAGACGAUCGAGACCAUAAACCAGCUGAAGACACAGAGGGAGUUCAUGCUGAGCUUCGCCAGAGAUCCACAGGGCUUCAUCAACGACUGGCUGCAGUCACAGUGCAGGGACCUCAAGACGAUGACGGAUGUGGUGGGGAACCCAGAGGAGGAGCGGAUGGCCGAGUUCUACUUCCAGCCCUGGGCCCAGGAGGCCGUCUGCCGCUAUUUCUACUCCAAGGUGCAGCAGAGGAGGCGGGAACUGGAGCAGGCACUGGGCAUCAGGAACACCUAGGAGCCAGGUGUCGCAGAGAGAAGAGGAUUCUGGGAAAUGCGCUCGGGGGCAAUAGGUCCCCCCCCCCCCCAAAGAAAACCGUACAGGCGCCCCGCAGCUCUCUCUCCCCCAGCUUGGCCUUUAAUGUCCUGGAAAGGGUUCGUCUGGCUGACCUCUUGCUACCUCUUGCCCCCCUAACCUCCCCCCCCCCCCCCACAAAGAAGCCCUGUACUGCUUUACUGGGUCUAACAGCCCCCCAGGUCCAGGGCCGGCUCCUCAGUUUGGAGGGUGAAUUCACAUCAGCCAGUGUUCCCCUCUGGGACUCCCGCUGUAUUUGGGUCCAGCCAUCAGGGGGUGAAAUUUGAUUGGCUGUGCCUGAUUUUUUAAUUUUUUUGACCUUGGUGACAAUGGAAAGGUUUGGCUAUAUUUUCCCCAAGUUUCCAUUCCACACCAAUAUUUCGUUUUCAGCUAGGUCAUUCUGAUAGUUCAGGUGAAGUUCAGUGAUCUGAAAUAAAUUUCUCCGCCACCUCUUUUGGGACAACGUCACAAAGACAUGAAAACAUUUCCAUUAUUAUCAUUAUCAUUAUUAUUAUUAUACCAUUAUUCUCCUCUGUGUGUGUUAGCUUUUAAUAAGUUGCGUGGCCUGCCUUUUGUUAUUAAUGUAGGCGGACAUGUUUGAGAAGACCAAGUUUGAAGGACCUUUGCUAGGAUUAAGCUGAUGUAUUUGUAGUUUGCAGAAGGAAGUAGAAUAGUGUCUCUGAGCUGUAAGGCUGCAAAUAUGCCCAGGGAAUGUGGAUGGGUGGGAGGGGGGGGGGUUACAAGGUGCUGUCUUACAGAACAGAGUGUGUACCUUAAUACUCUAUAUAUCUAACCUAUGAGUGUCUUUGAAGAGGAACACUGAUUAUUUAGACAUGACUACUGAUGCAUAUACUUACUGUGUUGAAUAUUUCUCAUACAGAAAAGCCAUAAAAAGCAGUUGGUAAGUUAAAGUAGUCGCAGAGUUCAAAUCCAGAUAUUUAAAGUCUUAUUGUGGUUUCGCCCAGUUUUCUUCUGUUUUUAAGGAGUGGCGUGAAGAUGCUGCUGUUUCCACAGCUCAGGAGUGUUUCUGCGAGAAAAGAUCUCAAAUGAUUGAAAUGUGCUUAAUUCUAGUUUAACUGAGUUUGAAUUAAAUUAGUUUAAUUUUAGGAUUAGUUUACCUAUCCCCUUAUGGACCAAGUAUAUUUUCUGUUCUGUUGUUUAUUGUAUGAGUUUAUUCCCAGUUUUAAUAAAGUGCUUAAUGAGUUAA